GUCCUCCCCUUGGUGUUUAGCCUACAGUCCCCAGCGCCCAGAGGCCGAGGGGACGGUGCCUGGUGGCCCAGGGGAGUGCAGCAUCUGGACCUUCAGACACAAAGAGCAGCUGGUGGACGCGGGGUGGGGGCCGCGCGGUUGGAGACUGUAGAUCCCCCACUGCCCAGCCUGCUAUGGGAUGGAUGAAGAAGAAGAGGACCACUAUGUUUCACAGCUCAGGGAAGUCUACAGCAGCUGUGACACCACAGGGACAGGCUUUCUGGACCAGGAGGAGCUGACCCAACUCUGUCUUAAGCUUCAUCUGGAAAAGCAACUUCCCAUCCUUCUGCAAACACUUCUUGGAAAUGAGCACUUUGCCAGGGUUAAUUUUGAGGACUUUAAGGAGGGCUUUGUGGCAGUGUUAUCAUCAAAUUCUGGUGUUGGCUCCUUGGAUGAAGACAGUAGUUCUUUGGAAUCAGCUGCUUCCUAUGCUGUCCCACCAAAGUAUGUGAGUGGCGCUAAGUGGUAUGGUCGUAGGAGUCGACCUGAGCUGUGCGACUCUGCAGUGAAAACCAAAUGUUUACCAGAACAGCAAGCCAAGGCCACUGUGAGAAGCCAGAUCCGACACUCUUCAUCUCUGGAAAGUGUGGAGAGUCUCAAGUCAGAUGAAGAAACUGAAAGUGCUAAAGGAUCUCAGAAUGAAUUAUUUGAAGCAAAAGGCCAGCUGCCAACCUGGGGUUCCGAGCUCUUUGGGAAUUCCCAGAAGUCUCGCAGCCCCUUCUUUGACACCCCUAGAAGCCAGGUCCAGGGCAUCUGGGAGGAACUGGGUGUUGGCAGCAGUGGUCAUCUCAAUGAGCAGGAGCUGGCUGUGGUCUGCCAGAGCAUUGGGCUCCAAGGACUCAAGAAAGAGGAACUAGAAGACCUGUUUAACAAACUGGAUCAAGACCGGGAUGGCAGAGUGAGUCUUGAGGAAUUCCAGCUUGGCCUGUUCAAUCAUGGGCCCACUUCACUUCUGGAAUUUUCCACUCCUGUCAAAAUUAGCAGGUCCUGGACUCAUUACCAGGUCCUGGAAGAAGGUGGCUGCGACACCACCACAUCAUCUCUCGUGUCCAUGUGCUCAGGCCCACCACGCCUUUUCUGCAGCAUUGACAAUGGCACCGGCUUUGCCUUUCCUGAGCAGCUCAUUGCCCUGUGGGCCCAGGAGGGGAUUCAUAAUGGCAGGGAGGUCUUGCAGAGCCUCGGCUUCAGUGUGGAUGAGAAGGUGAACCUUUUGGAACUGACCUGGGCCCUUGAGAACGAGCUCAUGAUGAUCCAUGGUGCCACUCAGCAGGCGGCUUUGUCCUGCUACCGCCAGGAACUGAAGUUCUUCCAGGGACAAGUAGAACAGAUGGCAAGGGAACGAGACAAGGCAAGGCAAGAUCUAGAGAAAGCUGAGAAGAGGAACCUGGAGUUUGUGAAAGAGAUGGAUGACUGCCACUCUGCCCUGGAGCAUCUUACAGAGAAGAAGAUCAAACACCUGGAGCAGGAAUACAGAGAAAGGCUGACUCUCCUUCGGUCUGAGGUGGAGAUGGAGCAUGAGCUAUUCUGGGAACAGGCCUACAGGCAGAGGGUCAUGCUGGAGAAGGACCUGGAAUGCAUGCAGGCUGAGGAGUCCAGCCUCCGAGAGAAGCUGACCCUGGCUCUGAAGGAAAACAGUCGAUUACAGAAGGAGAUUGUUGAAGUUGUGGAAAAACUUUCGGAAUCAGAGAAGCUGGUCCUGAAACUGCAGAAUGACCUGGAAUUUGUGUUAAAAGACAAGCUGGAGCCACAGAACACAGAACUCUUGGCCAAGGAGGAGCAGUUCAAGGAGGUCCUGAAGGAGUACGAGCUCAAAUGCAGGGACCUGCAGGACCGCAAUGAUGAGCUACAGGCUGCAGUGGAGGGUCUGCAGGCACAGUUGCCUCAGAAUUGGCGUGGCCAGCCCCAUGUACAGCCAAAUGGACCGCUGCUCCCUAUACAUGGCCGAGCAGGCACCAUCCCCUUCCUUGGCGAUUCCACUCCAGUGAGUAUAGAAAUGGAGAUAAUGAUGGAGCAGGUGAAAGAACAUUACCAAGACCUCAAGAUCCAGAUGGAGACCAAGGUAACUUACUAUGAAAGAGAAAUUGAGAUGAUGAAAAAGGACUUUGCAAAGAAGAGAAAGGAAAUUGAGAAGGCUUUCAAACUUGAGGUCAGUGUGCUGGAGGAUCAGAAAGCCAACCUGGAGACACUCCGCAUGAAAUCUCAAGAGAUCAUCCAAGGCCUGCAAGACCAGCUCCAGAGUGCAACACAUGGCCCUGAGCUAAAGAGGGUGGAGAUGGAGCAGUGCUACACUCAGGCACUGUCUGGCCUGGCUCAGCGACUGGCCCAGGAGAAGGAUCAACUGGAGGAGAAGCUGCACCAGAGGCAUCAGCAUGAGCUACAGCAGUUCAGAAUUGAGUUGAAUAGUCUUUCUGAAGAAAACAUGGUGUUGAAAAAUGAGCUGGAGAGGAUUCAGCAAGAGCUCGAAUCUAAAGAAAGGACAAAUGAUGCACAGAGGAAGGAAAUUGAGAUUUUAAAGAGAGACAAGGAAAAAGCCUGCUCUGAAAUGGAAGAGCUCAACAAACAGAGUCAGAAAUGCAAGUAUGAAUUGUUUCAGCUCAACCACAGGGUCCUUCAGCUGGGAGAGGAGGCCUCUACCCAACAGGCCCAAAUUAAGAAAAACUGCAUCACCAUUCAGUUGUUAACACACAGAUUAGAGGAGGCUGUACACUUCAGGGAGUUGCAGAUGCAUGGAGCCAACCUAAGACUGAGAGUUUACUCUUCUGGCCAGCAUUUGGAGGACAUCCACCAGCUACAGGACCAAACAGAGCAGAGCAUGUCUCUGGGCCACAUGGCUGAGCUGCAGCAGCUGGGAUGGGAGCAGUGGGCAGCUCAGCAGCUCCGCAUGGAGUGCAGCCUCCAGGAGGAAGGGAGGCAACUGGAAGCACAGUGGGAAGAACAUAAAAAACAGCUUAAAGACACAGAAGAGCAGGUAGAAGAGGUGAAAAUGAUUUUGAAGAACAUGGAAAUGCUCUUACAAGAAAAAGUGGGUGAGCUGGGAGAGCAGUUUAAGAAGAACACAAAAUCUGAUUUGCUGCUCAAGGAGCUCUACGUAGAAAAUGCUCACCUGAUGAAAGCACUUCAGGUCACUGAAGAGAAGCAACGAGGGGCUGAGAAAAAAAACCAAAUCUUGGAAGAAAAGGUUAGAGCUCUCAACAAACUAAUCAGUAAGAUGACUUCAGCAUCUUUCUCUGUAUAGACUGUUUUCCUGAAAUUCAUUGUGAAAGAACAUAUUUUAAAUUAAGCCACUGUGAUGCCAUAAUUUUCUAUGGCCAUAUAUCCCUGGACAUAUGACCCAGAUACUGAGGAAAAGACAUGUUGGAAAAGCUACAUUUUUAUUGGCAGUCUGGGAUAAUUUCCUGGUAAAAAUUCCCAACUGUUACUGGUGAAACAGAUUAUGGGGUCUCUCAGCAAAGAAUGACUAAAAGAAAAUGGUAAAGUAAAAUAAUUUCAAUGUUGUGCUUUUGACUUUAGCUGUGGAGAUUAAAAUGCAAAACUAGGGAUCUGUAUAGUUCUGCCAUUCCACUGUUACUGCUUUGGGUUUAAAUCAUUAGUAUUCUCAAUGCUGGGUCUAUACAAAUAUUCCAGAAAGGCUUCACUCCCUAUGACUGUCACCCAGUGUUAUCAAGGACAAAGGAGGAGAAGCCCAUUUUAAGGGACUGCUGCAUCAUGGGAAGAUGUUUAGACAAUGCUUAUUUUAUGUCUGUGCUCAGGGAUAAUGGUAUUUAUUGCAAAUUUAAUCUUAACCUCCUUGAAAUGUCAUCACACUGGAAAUUGUAUUAUAUUGUUUAAAAAAGUAUAGUUUUAUAUCCAAAGUACACAAAUUAUGGUCAUUUAGUUUAUCAGAAUAAACUACUGAAAUGAAGUCACUACAA